UCAGAUAGACUACAGAAUCCAAGUCAAGUUUACUUGUAUAGGCUAAAUUCACAAGGUAGUCCCGAAGGGCUUUACAAUCAGUACAAUAUACAACCAUAUACGACAGUAUAAAAAAGGGGGGAGAGGGGGACAGAGGAAAAAAGAGGUAGGGGUAGAAAUGCGGAAAGCAAUGGUAUUUGUAUGUCUGCUCUUCAGCAUUGCCUUGGAGCUGAAUGGGGCCACAAAUGAGCCUAACUGGUCUGCUAGACCUGAAUGGGAGCUGAGGACGGCAGAAACAAAGGCUGGCGUUGUUGGCAGCAUUUCUGAUAAUGUAAGGAAUUCGACUGGUUUCUCUGGUCACCUCUUGGUGGUGCCCAUGGAUGGGAGUCACUGGAUUGGUAUAAAGGCUAUUGCCCAAGCAAUGGGUCGUCGUGGACACCAGGUCACCGUCCUGAUCCCUGAGGUCAGCAUACGUAUGGGUCCUGGUAAACACUACAGUACUCUCACAUAUCCCGUCCCUUAUGGGGAGGAAGAUAUCGAUUCUGUUUUGAGCUUACACACGGAGGUAAUACGAAAGUCCUCCCAAUCUUUCAAGGAGAAGAUAAGCAGUCGCAUUUACCAAGUCGGGAAAAUCGUUGGCUUUAUCCAUACCACUGCCGAAAGCCUUCUGUUCAAUGCUAGCCUCAUCGCUCAUCUAGCGCAGCAGUCUUUUGAUGCCGUCUUGACAGAUCCAUUCAUACCUACAGGCUCACUCAUAGCUCGAAAGCUAGGUCUCCCCACUGUCAAUUUGCUGAGAGGAAUCCCAUGUUCCAUGCAUGUGACGUCUGCAGCCUGCCCCUCCCCUCCCUCAUACGUCCCUCGCUUCGUCAGCGGAUUCACAGAUAAAAUGAACUUAAUGCAGAGAGUUAUCAACACUUUGAUAAGUCUAAUGGACCCAUUGCUAUGCCGACUACUGUACUGGCGCUUUGACCAGAUAGCCUAUCAAUUUUUGGGAGAGGAUGUAAGCAUAGCUGACGUGCUCUCAGACUCUGCAAUAUGGUUGCUAAGGACUGACUUCAUACUAGAGUUCCCACGUCCUCUCAUGCCGAAUGUGGUGCUGGUUGGGGGGAUCAACUGCAAUAUGAGGAACCCGCUGCCUGAGGAUCUUGAGUCAUGGCUGUCAGGCGAGUAUGGGUUUGUGGUGUUUACCUUGGGCUCCAUGAUAAAAGCUCUACCAGAGGACAAAAAUGCUAUCUUCUUAGAAGCCUUCAGACAGAUUCCACAGAAGGUAGUAUGGCGAUACACUGGGCCAGUUCCUGAAAACAUUCCAGAAAAUGUGAAACUGAUGAAAUGGGUACCACAGAAUGACCUACUGGCACAUCGUGGAAUUCGGGCUUUCAUCACUCAUGCUGGAUCACACGGUAUCUAUGAAGGGUUGUGUCAUGGUGUUCCCAUGGUGAUGUUGCCAAUAAAUGGGGACCAGUUUGGCAAUGCUUAUGCGAUGGCAAGCAGGGGAAUGGGUGUGGUCUUGGAUAUUCCUACCAUCAGUGUUGACACUGUUCUUCUGGGACUUAAUGAAGUCAUCAAUGACACCAGGUAUAAAGACAGUGCGGUGAAGCUUUCAGCUCUUCAUAAAGAUCGUCCCAUUGACCCUCUUGACCUUUCAGUGUACUGGACCGAAUUUGUGAUGAGGCACAAAGGGGCGCAUCAUCUUAGACCUGCCGCCCAUGAUCUCAAUUGGCUCCAGUACCACAGCCUGGAUGUUAUACUUCUAUUAGUUAUGCUGAUGGCGGUUGUAGUCAUUUUGACAGUGAAAUCAAUGAGAAUGUGCCUUUCCAGAUUAAGCAGGAAGAGAAAACAGGAAUAACCUAAAAGCAGUCAGAGGAAAUGCUUAAAGAUGAAUGCAUGCGUAAAAAUCAGCCAUACCCCUGUUAAAGGGAAAGAAAAUAAGGUGAAUAAUAAAGUGAAAAAU